AUGCCGAUGAACCAGCCUGGCAUCCUGUUGGGCUUUUACUAUGGCCUGAGCUUCCUGUGUAUGAUGAUGUUGGUGGUGCAGUGGUGGUUGCGCAACAGACAUCCGAUCAACUACUUUUGCGCCUUCUUGUCGACUGUCCUGGUGGGUUGCUUCUUCGGCAUCAGUGAUGAGAUGCUCCUUGUACAGAUCCACACUCGUUUACUCAGCGUCGUUGUGACGACCAUGACGAUUUCCUGCAUCUCCUGCUGGCUCUUUUUGCGCGAUGGGUGGUGCAGGAAUCUCACGGCAGCGACUUUGGUGAGCAUCGGCCUUGGCUGGAUUGCUAGCACCUUGCUGGUAAUGCUGGUCUCGCAGGUGCUUGACCCGGUGAACUCCAUCGGGAAGACUUGUACAGCAGCUUUGCUUUCAGCGUUUGUCCUGACCUUUCUGUUGGUGCAUUCCUGGAACUCGCUGAUGAACUGCAAGGUGGACGAUCUGGUAGGCAUCAUUGCGGUCAUGGAUGCAAGUUUGCUGGCAGUGGUGAGCUUGCCAUGUUUAUUCCUUCUCCUGGCCUUUUGUGCACCUUCCUCUGCCAUGCAAGUCCAGAAUGGUGAGGCGAACGAGGCACAGAACCAGGUCUGA